AGUUCAGUGUGUUGCAAACUCUCUUUAAACUGUGAGGGAAAGUCCUCUCGAGUAAAGGGGUGUGUUUUGUUGUUUUACAAAUGCUGACUCCAGUUGAGUUCAUUCACUCUGAUUAAGCGACCCAAGACAACACAUACUUGACAGACAGCUCAAAGAUGAGUGGACGAGUGGGAGACCUGAGCCCAAGGCAGAAGGAAACUCUAUCUGAGUUUAGGGAGAGAAUCCAGGACAUCCUACCCCACCUGCCAGAACAAGAUGACCACUACCUUCUGCGCUGGCUCAGAGCCCGUAAUUUUAGUAUUCAGAAAUCAGAAGCAAUGAUCAGAAAGCAGCAUUUGGAGUUCAGAAGACAAAUGAAAGUAGAUACCAUUGUUGAAGACUUUAAACCUCCAGAGGUUAUUAAAAUGUACGUGUCUGGAGGGAUGUGUGGUUAUGAUCGAGACGGUAGCCCCAUUUGGUAUGAUGUAAUUGGCCCCCUAGAUCCCAAAGGCCUUCUACUGUCAGCCACAAAGCAAGACUUUCUUAAGACUAAAAUCCAACAUACAGAAAUACUUCGGAGGGAGUGCAAACGCCAGUCUCAAAGACUGGGGAAACUCAUUGAAUCCAUUACACUUAUCCAAGACUGUGAAGGCCUGGGUUUGAAACAUAUGUGGAAGCCUGCCAUUGAUACAUAUGGAGAGGUUCUCACAAUGUUUGAAGACAACUAUCCAGAAGGGCUAAAAAGGGUAUAUCUUAUCAAAGCUCCAGCCAUCUUCCCAAUGGCCUACAACUUAAUAAAACAUUUUCUUUGUGAGGAAACCCGACGUAAAAUUGUCAUUUUAGGAAGUAACUGGAAAGAGGUGUUGAGAAAGAACAUCGACCCUGAUCAGCUUCCGGCAGUGUAUGGAGGAAACUUAACAGAUCCUGAUGGUGAUCCUCGCUGCAGAACAAUGAUAAAUUAUGGGGGCACUGUUCCCAAGUCAUAUUACAUCCAGGACUCUGUGAAGGUUCAGUACGAAAAUCAUGUCACUAUCAGCCGUGGUUCAGUGUUUCAGCUUGAAUAUGAGGUCACUACCCCCAACACACUUUUAAGAUGGCAGUUUGCCAGUGAUGGAGCAGAUAUUGGCUUUGGUGUCUAUAUGCGCACCAAAAAGGACGAGAGUCAAAAUGUGACAGAGAUGCUCCAGAUCUUGCCCACUGAAAGGUAUAAUGCCCACCUGGUCCCAGAGGACAGCUGCCUGACCUGCUCUGAACCUGGAGUCUAUGUGUUAUGUUUUGACAACAGCUAUAGCAUUCUUCAGUCCAAAAAACUGAGCUACAAAGUGGAAGUUGUUCCUACGGCUGAUUUGCAAACACUCAGUCAACACAGCAGAGGAGAUAUGAGACUGCAAUAAGCAUAAUACAGAGGACACAAAUGGCCCUUAGACAGCCUACAUUAAGUAUACUUCUUUUGCUGCAAUUAAGAACAUGGAAAUACAGCAGGGUAACAUCUGCUACACUGUUUGCAUUGCCACAUAUGCCUAACACAGACUAACAUAAAUAAUCUUUUUGAACUCAAAUAAGCCUUAUUCUUGCCAGUGUUGCCCAUCCAGGUAGAGUAGGUUAGCCUAUUUUAUAAUGCUAGAACAUUACUUGUAACAUUCUUGCAAAUUUUAUUUUGCCCACAAGAUGGCACUGCUUGAUGCUGAGGGUUACAUAAUUGCUGGUCAUGUUGUAGUAUCUCGAUGUUCUGUUACUGCUCUCCAAGGUCAAAAUUUAAGGUAAGCUUUCAUUCCCAACAAACCUAAUACAAACAUUAUUCGCCUAAACACUGCGUAGAAAAGAAAGAAAGACAUAUAAUAUUGACCUAUUUUGUAUUAGCCUAUAUAAUAAUUAAACUGUUGAUGCUGCACCUUGUUUUUCACCUCUUAUUUGUAAAAAUUGCUGACUGCAGUGAAGAGCCGAGACUUGGACUCCGUGCCAAAGGGAUGCAGGCAUGGCGCAGGAUGGAGAGGCGGGGCAAGGACAAGGAUGCACGGAUACCAUGUGGCUUACAUAACAGCAGCUGUUACCGGAUAGGUUACUACAGAUCUGCUGCUGCGCUCCAAGCCCCAUCCGUCAUAAAUAGGUUCAUGUAGAGAAAAUUUAGUUUUCUUCGACUGGUUUUAUCACACUGUCUUCCAAAAACAUGUGAGCCCAAUGGUUCUUAUUUUAUUAUGUUCUUUCUUAUUUUUUGCCACCUGUUUGCCUAUGAAUAAGAAAGUAAGCAUAAGAGAAUCUUUUAUCGUCCCACAACUGGAACUUUUCAGUAGGCUGCUGCCACGCAAAAGUAGACAGACUGCAGGGACAGAAGACUGAAGAUAUUUCUUAGAAUGGCAAGUAACAAAGCUAUGAUGACAAAUUAGUCAUCAAAUAAGCAGUUAUAUCAGUUAUAAAUUACCUAAUGUUACUUGUGUUAUUUUAUUUUAUUUUUUUUGUAAUUGUACUUUUAUUAGUAGAUGUUUAUAGCUUAUACAGAAUGUAUAAUUCCUGUAAUUAUGUCAUCAGGUUUUGUAUAAAACACUUACUUAAGAUUGUAUUAAUAGCUAAGUAACUUUUUUUAUGCAUAUUUAUAUAGAUCGCAAAUUUGGCAGUAGUUUCCCAUUUGCAACUGAAUAUGAAUUUUAAGUAGACUAUUCUUUCCACAGCUGUGGUUAUAACUGGUGAUGUACAGUAAAGAUUAGGAACAACAAUAAAGUUAUGUGACUUCA